AUGCUUACAAGGAACUGUUUAUCCCUGCUGCUCUGGGUCCUGUUUGAUGGAGGUCUCCUAACACCACUUCAACCUCAGCCACAGCAGACUUUAGCCACAGAACCAAGAGAGAAUGUUAUCCACCUGCCAGGGCGGCGAUCACAUUUCCAACGAGUUAAACGUGGCUGGGUAUGGAAUCAAUUUUUUGUGCUGGAGGAAUACAUGGGCUCCGAGCCUCAGUAUGUGGGAAAGCUCCAUUCUGACUUAGAUAAGGGAGAGGGCACUGUUAAAUACACCCUCUCAGGAGAUGGCGCUGGCACCGUUUUUACCAUUGAUGAAACUACAGGGGACAUUCAUGCAAUAAGGAGCCUGGAUAGAGAAGAAAAACCUUUCUACACACUUCGUGCUCAGGCUGUGGACAUAGAAACCAGGAAGCCCCUAGAGCCUGAAUCAGAAUUCAUCAUCAAAGUGCAGGAUAUUAAUGAUAAUGAGCCGAAGUUUUUGGAUGGACCUUAUAUUGCUAGUGUCCCAGAAAUGUCUCCUGUGGGUGCUUAUGUGCUCCAGGUCAAGGCCACGGAUGCAGAUGACCCAACCUAUGGAAACAGUGCCAGAGUCGUUUACAGCAUUCUUCAGGGACAGCCUUACUUCUCUAUUGAUCCCAAGACAGGUGUUAUUAGAACAGCUUUGCCAAACAUGGACAGGGAAGUCAAAGAACAAUACCAAGUCCUCAUCCAAGCCAAGGAUAUGGGCGGACAACUGGGAGGGUUAGCUGGAACGACAAUAGUCAACAUCACCCUAACAGAUGUCAAUGACAAUCCACCUCGAUUCCCAAAAAGCAUUUUCCAUCUGAAAGUUCCCGAGUCUUCCCCUAUUGGCUCAGCUAUUGGAAGAAUAAGAGCUGUGGACCCUGAUUUUGGACAAAAUGCAGAAAUUGAAUACAGUAUUGUUCCAGGAGAUGGGGGAAAUUUGUUUGACAUCGUCACAGAUGAGAAUACACAAGAAGGAGUCCUCAAAUUGAAAAAGCCAUUGGAUUUUGAAACAAAGAAGGCUUAUACUUUUAAAGUAGAGGCCUCCAACCUGCACCUUGACCACCGGUUUCACUCUGCGGGCCCUUUUAAGGACACUGCCACAGUGAAGAUCAGCGUGCUGGAUGUGGGCGAGCCGCCGGUUUUCAGCAAGCCCCUCUACACCAUGGAGGUUUACGAAGACACUCCAGUUGGGACCAUCAUUGGCGCCGUCACUGCCCAAGACCUCGAUGUCGGCAGCAGUGCCGUAAGGUACUUCAUAGAUUGGAAGAGUGAUGGGGACAGCUACUUUACAAUAGAUGCAACUGAAGGAACCAUCUCUACUAGUGAAUUACUAGACAGAGAAAGCACCGCGCAGUAUAAUUUCUCCAUAAUUGCGAGUAAAGUUAGUAACCCAUUAUUAACCAGCAGAGUCAACAUAUUAAUUAAUGUCCUAGAUGUCAAUGAAUUUCCUCCAGAAAUAUCUGUGCCAUAUGAGACAGCUGUGUGUGAAAAUGCCAAACCGGGACAGAUAAUUCAGAUAGUCAGCGCUGCAGACCGAGAUCUUUCACCUGCUGGGCAGCAAUUCUCCUUUAAAUUAUCACCUGAAGCUGCCAUCAAACCAAAUUUUACAGUUCGUGACUUCAGAAACAACACAGCUGGCAUUGAAACCCGAAGAAAUGGAUACAGCCGCAGGCAGCAAGAGUUGUAUUUCCUCCCGGUUGUAAUAGAAGACAGCAGCUAUCCUGUCCAGAGCAGCACAAACACAAUGACUAUUCGAGUUUGUAGAUGUGAUUCUGAUGGUACCAUCCUGUCUUGUAACGUGGAAGCAAUUUUUCUUCCUGUAGGACUUAGCACCGGGGCUUUGAUUGCAAUCCUACUGUGCAUUGUUAUACUCUUAGCCAUAGUUGUGCUGUAUGUAGCUCUGCGAAGGCAGAAGAAGAAAGACACCCUGAUGACCUCUAAAGAAGACAUCAGAGACAAUGUUAUCCAUUAUGAUGAUGAAGGAGGCGGGGAGGAAGACACCCAGGCUUUCGACAUUGGUGCUCUGAGAAACCCAAAGGUGAUUGAAGAUAACAAAAUUCGCAGGGAUAUAAAACCAGACUCUCUCUGUUUGCCUCGUCAGAGACCACCAGUGGAAGAUAAUGCAGACAUAAGGGAUUUCAUUAAUCAAAGGCUACAGGAAAAUGAUAUGGACCCCACCGCCCCACCAUACGACUCAUUGGCGACAUAUGCCUAUGAAGGCAAUGGAUCAGUAGCCGACUCUCUUAGCUCCAUAGAAUCUCUGACCAUGGAAGCAGACCAGGACUACACCUAUCUAACAGACUGGGGACCGCACUUUAAAGUCUUGGCAGACAUGUUUGGUGAAGAAGAGAGUUAUAAAACUGAUAAAGUCACUUAGGGGAGAAGCAAAGGCUAAAACACAACCAACAAAAGAAAUUUAAGAGAAAGGAACAUAAAUAGACAUCACGCUUCUACACACACACCACACACACACACACACACAAACACACAUACCGGGCUUUCUAGGACAAGAUUCCUUUGAUUAUUUGGUUUCUAGCAAGUUGCUAUAUUUAUCAUAUUGU